CACCUUACGCGAUCUCUGCUUCUGCCAGGUACCAAAAAAAAUGCCCUGACAAAACACCAAUCGUUCUUUCCCAGUCGCAGCACAAUGGAAGCAAAUGGCAGCCCUGAGCGGCGCCGGCGGGGGAGCUUGUAUCGGAGGAACUCCAGCAUGACCAACAUGAGCGAAGUGAGCUUCAUGGACGAUGUGGAAAUGGCCCAAAACGAGAUGUUCGCGGGUCCCAUGUCGGAGAGCGUGCCGACCAGCAUUACCUCCUUCGCCCACCGUAGCCGCCGAUCGCGUGCCGACUCGACUACCAGCUUCACCUUUUAUGAGGACGAUCGUGAUUCAGAGGAAGACGCCGAAGAGGAUGCUAUCGCGGAUGAGUAUGGGGACAUUGAGUACGAGGGUUUCGAUGAAGAAUGGGGCGCGGACCUGGAAGCGCAAAGCCCUCCGUUGCGUCCCAAAUCACUGAGACGAAAGUCUUCAGAUCAUUCUAGUCGCAGGUCAAGGUCUGUCGAUGCCCCGUUACUGCGGAGGACUCGUUCGCAUUCGAGUGCGGGCUCCGCUCGGGGCUGGGAAGGCCAGAGAACCAGCCAAAAGAUAUACAUUCUGUCCGAAGAUAUGACCAUUGUGAUAGCAGGCUUCAGGACGUCGUCAAUCGGUUUCGGGCUAUACGUACUUCUGUGCACCAUCACCGCUGGGCUGGGCUGGCUGAUUUUUCGAUGGAUCCCCAAAUGGAAAGUCUAUUUGACCGGGCGGGCUACGUCGCUAGGAGACUGCGAAUGGCUUGUCAUUGAAAAUCAAUGGGGAGAGUUUGCCAUUCAGGACGUGGAAACACAAAGCUAUGGGCGUUCGCUGUCAACCGUCUUUGGAGAUCUGGAAAAACAGCAUCACAUGGACUACGACGAAGAAUUAGACCCGGUCAUCAAGCAGCUACGCAUCCUCGACUAUCGCUACAUUCGGUUCUGCUACCACCCCGUCAAAGAUAAGUUUGUCCUGGCCAACACCUGGAAGGAUCCCGCCUGGACCAAUGUUGCUAAGCUUCGAGACGGCCUUGAUACCGAAGAACGUGAUUACCGCCAGCUGGUCUUUGGUACUAAUGCCAUCGAUAUAGCAGAGAAAUCUAUUGGCCAGUUAUUAGUAGAUGAGGCCUUCCAUCCCUUUUAUGUCUUCCAGAUUGCCAGUCUCUUUCUUUGGUCUGUGGACGAGUACUAUUACUAUGCCGCUUGUAUUUUUGUCAUUUCCCUGGUCAGCAUCACCACCACCAUCAUUGACACCAAGGCUACCAUGAAACGAUUACGGGAAGUUUCUCGGUUCGAAUGUGAUAUCCGUGUAUUGCGGAGCGGUUUCUGGAGAACCGUCGAAUCGACCGAUUUGGUCCCAGGAGAUGUAUACGAAGUCACAGACCCAGCGCUCACUCAGUUUCCCUGCGACAGUCUCCUGCUCUCUGGAGACUGUAUCGUCAACGAAAGCAUGCUCACUGGAGAGUCUGUUCCAGUUUCCAAAAUUCCGGUCACCGAUGAAUCACUCGAGUUUCUAGAGCUCAGCGCAUCUACAAUACACCCUGAGAUUGCCCGACACAUGCUUUUUUCGGGCACAAAGAUAAUUCGCGCUCGCAGGCCUCACGAAGAGCAUGACGACGACGAAGCCGCUGCUCUAGCAAUGGUCAUACGUACUGGAUUCAACACAACAAAGGGUGCCUUGAUCCGAUCAAUGUUGUUCCCAAAACCCUCCGGUUUCAAAUUCUACCGCGACUCCUUCCGAUAUAUCUCUGUCAUGGGGGGUGUUGCCAUGAUUGGAUUCAUUGCUUCGUUCAUUAACUUCAUUCACUUCGGACUUGCAUGGCAUUUGAUUGUUGUCCGUGCUCUAGACCUGAUCACCAUCAUUGUACCACCCGCACUACCGGCCACACUUACCAUCGGAACCAACUUUGCGCUGUCACGCUUAAAGCAGAAGCAAAUAUUCUGCAUCAGUCCACAGCGAGUCAAUGUAGGAGGCAAACUUGAUGUGGUCUGCUUCGACAAGACCGGUACCCUUACAGAGGAAGGGUUGGAUGUUUUGGGUGUGCGUGUCGCGCAAAGAUCAGUCAACCGAUUCAGUGAGAUUCUCGAAGAUCCUAUGGAUGUUCUGCCCACUUCACAUUACGACCGCGACCCGACGAUUGACUACGCGGAUCACAAAGCGAUACUCUAUACUAUGGCCACUUGCCACUCACUCCGACUGAUAGAUGGCGAGCUGCUGGGCGAUCCGCUCGAUGUAAAGAUGUUCAAUUUUACGGGCUGGAGCUUUACGGAAGGUGAACAACCCACCGGUGGUGACGAAGACGAAGACGACAAACUCCGGCCUUCUGUUGCGCGGCCUCCACCAGGACGCGAAUAUGAUAUUGAUGAUACCGUGGAUGACGCUAAUAGGAGGCCAGUGGAAUUGGGGGUUAUGAAGAGCUUCGAAUUUGUAUCACAGCUCAGAAGAGCCAGCGUUAUCGUGCGGCAAUUCGGUUCCAAGACUGGCCAGAUCUAUGUCAAGGGUGCACCGGAGUGUAUGAAGGAUAUUUGCCGCCCUGAAAGCUUCCCUGCCGACUACGAUGAUCUCCUAGCCCAUUAUACUCAUAGCGGCUAUCGUGUCAUUGCCUGCGCCACCAAGACUGUCAAACAGAACUGGCUGAAGAUGCAGAAGAUGAAGCGUGACGAGGCUGAAAGCAAUUUGAGUUUCGCGGGCUUCAUUAUCUUUGAGAACAAACUCAAGCCAACUACUACAGGAGUCAUUGAAGAAUUGGAAAGUGCGAAGAUUCGGACUGUCAUGUGUACAGGUGACAACAUUCUCACUGCCAUUAGUGUGGCUCGCGAAUGUGGCCUGGUCAACAAGACAGCUCACUGCUUCGUUCCACAUUUCAUCGAGGGUGAUUCGCGAACUGCUCUGUCCAGACUUAGCUGGGAAAGUGUCGACGACCCCAUUUUCAAGCUGGAUGAAAACACUCUCAGGCCUUUGCCACCGCCUGCUGAGGCAGAUGUGUCCCUGCCAUACGAUGUAUCCAACCUCCGCAACUAUUCUCUAGCCGUCAGCGGGGAUGUGUUCCGCUGGAUUAUAGAUUUCGCCUCCGAGAACGUGCUGCGCGAGAUGUUAGUCUGCGGACAAGUCUUUGCACGCAUGUCACCCGACGAGAAGCACGAGCUAGUCGAAAAACUCCAAAGCAUCGAUUACUGUGUCGGCUUCUGUGGCGAUGGUGCAAACGACUGCGGAGCUCUCAAAGCUGCCGAUGUUGGUAUUUCGCUUUCUGAAGCCGAAGCCUCGGUGGCGGCCCCCUUUACCAGUCGCGUCUUUGAUAUUUCCUGCGUCCCGCAAGUCAUCAAAGAAGGCCGUGCUGCCCUUGUCACGAGUUUCAGUUGCUUCAAGUACAUGAGUCUCUACUCGGCCAUCCAGUUCACCUCCGUCAGUUUCCUAUACGCCUCUGCCUCCAACCUCGGCGAUUUCCAAUUUCUCUUCAUCGACCUUCUUCUCAUCCUGCCCAUUGCCAUCUUCAUGGGAUGGUCAGGCCCAUACCCUUCCCUCUCCCGCAAACGCCCAACUGCCAGUCUUGUCUCGCGAAAAGUACUGGUCCCCUUGCUCGGUCAAAUUGCGCUAUGUAUCCUUAUGCAGGCCAUUGCCUUCAAGACUGUCCAACGUCAACCUUGGUACCAACCUCCCGUCGUCGACAAGAACCACUCCAAUUCGCUCAACUCGCAAAAUACGGCUCUCUUCCUCGUCUCGUGCUUCCAGUACAUACUCUCUGCUGUUGUGCUAUCCGUUGGUCGGCCGUUCCGCCAGCCUAUGGCGCGCAACCUUCCCUUUGUCAUCACUGUGCUCAUCACACUGUUGAUUGCGUGCUAUAUGCUGUUCGACCCUGCGCAGUGGCUUUCCGGCCUCAUGGAACUCACGUAUAUGGGCGUCGCGUUCAAGGUGUUCUUGCUUGCGCUCGGCUUGGCAAACUUUGCGGCUGCGUAUCUGGGCGAGAAGGUGCUGCUUCCUGUGCUCGCGAGGUGGAUUGGCGUACUCAAGGUCAAGAUCAAUCCGCGAUUUGCGAAGAAGAGGAAGGAGUAUAAGAUCAUUGCAGAAAAUAUGAAGGUGUAG